UCGCAGGAUGUGCGCUGAGGUCACGUCCGCUGGGUGGGGCUGCAGCGAUCCCGCGCAAAUUGAAAAGGCCGGCUCUCAACGUGCGACCGGAGCCGGGCUGCCGGUCUUCUGCGUCCCUGGCCCAAGUAAGCGAGGGGCAUAGCGGGCGGGCUUCGGAGAAGCCAUCUGGCUCUACUGCCCACAGGCGAGCGUGGAGAGCCUUUCUCCGAAAGUUAGGGGAGCUGGUUGUGCGGAGGCUGAUGGUCCCCGCGGGGCUCGAUCUACACGUCACGCCGAUUCCCUGCUCCGGAUUCAAGAUUUGGGGCUGGAGGCCAAAGGAAACGCGGUAUCUGGAAUGGGCUUGUGGCCACGACUGCACAUCCCGGAGAGAAAAGGAUGAAGUAGUGAAGUCGUUUCUGCUGUUUCUCCUGUGCCACUGGUGAUCUCUAUGAGUUGAUACGCGCCAUAUGGCACGCAGUCUUACUAUGUCGAAGAGGAAAUGUUUACUGGAGGGUAUUUACCUUGCUUAGAAGAAACUUACCUGUUUCACGAAAUGUAUGUCAUCUCCAAUUUCCUCAGCAUGAGCAACAACUCGUGUUAGAGACAUUUCUGAGAGGUGGGAGACUAAUGGUCAGAAACUGACUUGACCGCCUGCAUCCAGAUCACCUGGGUUCAAAUUCAGGCUAUCCCAUCACACUCCAAAAGUAGUGAGUCAGUCACUGGAGUGGAGUUGAAAAUUGCCUACAUCUGAAAUUUGAAAACUGCUGGACUAGAGAAUCAGCUCUAACAGGGUGGCAAGAGGUUAAUUUGGCACUAUGGGAAUACAAGGACUGCUACAAUUUAUCAAAGAAGCUUCUGAACCCAUCAAUGUGAGGAAAUAUAAAGGGCAGGUAGUGGCUGUGGAUACCUAUUGUUGGCUUCACAAAGGAGCUAUUUCUUGUGCUGAAAAGCUAGCCAAAGGGGAACCUACUGAUAGGUAUGUAGGAUUUUGUAUGAAAUUUGUAAAUAUGCUGCUAUCUCAUGGAGUCACACCUAUUCUUGUAUUUGAUGGGUGUACUUUACCUUCUAAAAAGGAGGUAGAGAGGUCUAGAAGAGAAAGACGACAAGCAAAUCUUCUUAAGGGAAAGCAGCUUCUCCGCGAAGGGAAAGUCUCAGAAGCCCGAGAAUGUUUUACCCGUUGCAUCAAUAUUACACAUGCCAUGGCCCACAAAGUAAUUAAGGUUAUCAAGAAAAUUGGACAUUAUCUCAAGAUGAAUAUAACAGUGCCAGAGGAUUACAUCAAAGGAUUUAUUCGAGCCAACAAUACUUUCCUUUAUCAACUAGUUUUUGAUCCCAUCAAAAGGAAACUUGUCCCUCUGAAUGCCUACGAAGAUGACAUUGAUCCUGAAACACUAAGUUAUGCUGGACAGUAUGUUGAUGACUCUGUAGCUCUUCAAAUAGCACUUGGAAAUAAAGAUAUAAAUACUUUUGAACAGAUCGACAACUACAAUCCAGACACUGCUAUGUCUGACCUAUCAAGAAGUCAUAGUUGGAACAACAAAACUUGUCAAAAGUCUUCUACUGUUAAUAGCAUCUGGCAUAGGAAUUAUUGCCCUAGACUUGAGUUGGAUAAUGUUUCAGGUGCUACACAAUUGAAGGAAAAUCCAAGUACUGUGGGCAUUAAACAAGUGAUUAGUACUAAAGGAUUAAAUCUUUCAAGGAAAUCAUCCAUGGUGAAAAGACCAAGAAAUGAAGAGCUGUCAGAAGAUGAUCUAUUGAAUCAGUAUUCCCUCUCAUUUACAAAGAAGAUCAAGAAAAAUAGCUGUGAAAAUAAUGAAUCAUUGAAAUCUUCUGAAAUGUUUGUGCCUGCCCUGGAAGGUGGAACUAUUCAAACAAAAACCUUAAGCACAACACCUCAGACAAGAAAUAAAUUUGCAACAUUUUUACAGAGAAAAAACAAAGAAAGUGGGGCAGUUGUGGUUCCAGGGACCAGAAGCAGUAGAACUCCAAGCCCCACCCCAGGCACAGCAUUGCAGCAGUUGCGCAGAAUGAGUGAUUCCCUCGCUGCUAUGCCUGAGAACAAUGCAGUGCCCCAGGCAUCUCAGUCAAAGAGUGAUGAGUCUGGUGGUGAGUCUCCACCCUUACAUGACGUGGAGCGGUCUUCACAGUCUCAGGAAAGUGAAGAGUUAUCAUCACACAGUUUAAAUACUUCAAAACUUUCUCAGCCUUCCAGUAAGGAUUCUGAUUCAGAGGUAAGUCAUAUCAUGAGACCCCUGUUUGUAAAUUUAUGUGUAAGAAAGAAAAAGGUGUUAAUCAUACGAUUGAGGAAAAUGUGCCUACAUUAUUUAAUUAUUGGUUAUGUUAAUUUUUCAUUCUGUCUAGAAAGUUAACAUUUCAGUGAUUUG